AUGGUUCUUAAGGGUGUCGGCGACUGGGCUCGGGUUGUCUCUGCGCAUCUCCCACAAUCCAAGCUCCUCCGGCUCGCUCUCUGCUUUGUCGUUCUUUCGCUCGUCCGCAGGAUGCGAUCAUUGAAGAAGGGUAGAGGAUUAGUCGAAGACCUGUCACGGGUUGGGCGAAAGGUGGGCGACGAGGGUGCGCACGCUGACCUGGCGGAGUACGAUGUGAUCAUAAUCGGUGGAGGAACGGCUGGCUGCGUUCUGGCUUCGCGGCUGUCAGAAGACCCGAGCGUCAAGGUCCUUCUCCUCGAGUCUGGGAAGAGCUCGUCUUCGGUUCUCUUCAGUCGUAUCCCCGCCGCAUUCCAACUUCUCUGGGGAAAUGAUAAGCUGCUCUACAACUUCUACACGACACCUCAGCCGCAUGCGGCGAAUCAGAGUUUGUACUGGCCCCGCGCAAAAAUGCUAGGCGGGUGUUCGGCCAUCAACGCCCAGAUCUUUCACUACGGAGACCCCGCCGACUAUGACGAAUGGGCCAAACUAGGUGGCCCUGGCGCUGAAUCUUACGCUUACAAUGACUUCCACACAUACUUCACGAAGUUCGAGAAGUUCACGCCAAGUAAACUUCAUCCUGAGGUCGAGCCUGCCGACCGAGGAGCAUCGGGACUCGUCAAUGUCGGUUUCUUUGGAAAUGAUUCACCUAUCACGCAGCGCUUCAUCAAGGCUUGUGAGGAGCUCGGCAUACCUCGAGUCCCCGACCUAAACACGAUGAAGGGCUCGAAAGGCGUCGCAAAGUUCAUGACAUAUAUCGAUUCCAAAGGUCGGCGCGUUACAACGGAGAGAUCAUACCUCACCCCGGCUGUACUGGCCCGCCCCAACUUAACCGUCGCAGUGGGUGCAUCGGCCACGCAGAUCCUGUUUGACACUACAGAAGCGGGUGCAGAACCCAAAGCCGUCGGUGUCGAGUUCGCUUCAGGGCCGCGCGGACCGCGCUUCAGAGCGCGAUCCCGAAAGGAAGUUGUCCUGUCUGCCGGCGCCAUACACACUCCGCAGAUCUUGAUAUUGUCCGGUUUGGGUCCCGCCGCAGAGCUUAAGAAACAUGACAUCAAGACUGUUGUUGACCUGCCGGGAGUUGGCGCUCAUCUCAUGGACCAUAUCGUUACGAAUGCUGUAUUCAAGGAGACCAGCGGUCAAUCCCUCGUCGUCCUUCGGCCUCGAAGUGCCGGAGAAGCGGUGCGUGCCAUAGCGCAUCUCGGUCGCUACAUCUUCACCGGGAAGGGCGGUCUUACGUGCAACAUUGCCGAAGCUGCCGCAUUCAUCCGCUCGGAUGACAAGACGCUCUUUAGUGACGAGACGCCUGCAACAGAAGACACAACGUCUGGUCCGUCAGCGCCUGACCUGGAGAUGCUCGCUACACCAAUGGGCUAUCUGAAUCAUGGGCUUGCGGACACUCCAAUUGCAGACUCACUGGGCUUACACAUGACGCUCCUGCGACCCACCAGCACAGGAAACAUCACGCUGAAGUCCACGGACCCCUUUGAAUACCCGGUCAUUGAUCCAAAUUACCUCGCCACUGCUCAUGAUCGUGAUGUCUUGUUGCGCGGAAUGCGUCUACUGUUCCGCACCGCUGAAGCCAAGCCGUUGGCCGACAUCAUCGACUCCAACCCGAAGAAGCCCGAUGCCCGUUGGUCGCAUACCCUGGCGAAGGCGUCGAACGAAGAGCUCUCGGACUACAUUGCGCGCAACACACAAACACUAUACCACCCGGCAUGCACAGCUCGUAUGGCGCCUCGCGCAGACGGUGGUGUCUGUGACCCUCAAUUGAAGGUGUACGGUGUGCGCGGGCUGAGGAUCGCUGAUGCAAGCGUGUUUCCGACCAUCGUGUCCGGUCACACAGCUGGCCCGGUAAUCGCGAUUGCCGAGAAGGCUGCAGACAUGAUCAAAGAGGAUCUUAAGGUAGUCAAGGCGUAG